AUGGAUAUAAAUAAGUAUUAUGUUAUUGAUGGUUUUGUUGGUGAGGUGGUUGACUCUGUGGCAAGAACAUGUAGUUGUCUUGUUUGGCCAGCUGACGAAUUUCCAUGUCCACACGCCAUUGUAUCGAUUUGGAAGAGAAAUCUUGAUCCAGCAUAUUUUACUUCCUACUAUUACACCAACAAUGCAUUCAAAGCAACAUAUGAUGCUGUAAUCUAUCCUCUUGGUAAUAGAUCACAGUGGCAAAUUUCAGAGGGCAUUGAGGAGGAGGUUGUUCUUCCUCCUGAGUUUAAAUGUGGUGCUGGGAGGCCAAGGAAACAAAGGAUUCUUUCUAGUAGAGAAUGA